GUGAGAAUGAUGGCGACUUUUCCCGCAAGAAUCUGCCGGAGUGUGAGACACAAGAUUCUCCUCUUUUAAUGCAAGUAAAUGCUAAAGGGAGAGAGAGACAGACAGAGAGAGAGAGAGAGUGACCGAACUUCGGUGCCCCACGAUUCUCUUGUCAAAAACCAGGUUCAAAUUGUGGGGAUUUGUCCAAAGUCGACUUUUUUGGACGGAGAAAGCUAGGAAUAUCUUUUUGUGUCCAUCAUUGUACUCGUUCUCUGUUCAAAACAUUACCCAAACUGAUACUGGCUCUCCUGUGUAGUCUUUGGAUACCCCAAUCCAUCUCAUCUCAUCCUUUCAACAUCACGCAACAAAAGAAGAGGAGGCAGUCAUGGCAGACUCCAACAAAUCGAGCGCUUACCGUCGAUACCUACCCGACCUGAGCAUUCCACGCUUCACCACCAUGAAGACGGAAAAUGCGCACGUCUACGCCCAGCGGUUCAAGGAGAGUGGCGUGCCCCCGUGGAUCCAUUCCUUGUGGUUACAUUGGCAGAAACUCUUGUCGGAGCCUUUUCGGGGAGUCACCAACGACGGGAGUGUGCGGCCGGGGCUGUUCAAGAUCCAAGACGAGGGGAUCCCCAUCGAGGAGAUUGUCGACAAGACGCAAUCGGUCCUCUCUCGACUGACCCCCGAACAAAAGACCGCCGUCUGUUACCACGUCGACUCCCCCCAGUGGAGGACCUGGUCCAACCCGGAGUUCCUGUUGAGCCACAAAGGGGUCCGCCUCGACGAGGUCGACCCCGAGGUGCGGGACGGCGUCAUGGCCGUCCUCGAGGCCACCUUGUCCCCCGAGGGUUACGACAAGGCCGUGGGGGCCAUGCGGGUCAAUGGGUUCCUGGGGGAGUUGGUCGAGUCGCCCGCCGUGAUGAAUGAGUUUUCCUACAACUUUGUCCUCUUCGGUCAACCUUCCACCACGGCUCCCUGGGGUUUCAGUUUCUACGGUCACCACCUGUGCCUCAACGUGUUCUUGUACCGCCGCCAGAUCGUGGCUUCGCCGUGGUUCACCGGCGCGGAACCCAACCUGAUCGACUCGGGCCCGUACGCCGGCACGAGGAUCCUCGAGGCCGAAGAAAUCUUGGGCCUCAGGCUCAUGCAGUCCCUCCCCGCGGAACGACAAUCAGAGGCUCAAAUCUACAAGGGGAUGAAGGACCCGGCCAUGCCAAAGGGUCGUUGGAACCACGACGACCAGCGUCACCUGUGCGGUGCGUUCCGGGACAACCGGGUCGUCCCUUACGAGGGAAUCACCGUGAGUUCCAUGACCGCCGACCAGAGAGACCUCGUCAAGGGUAUCCUGAACCAGUACCUGCUGUACCUCCCCCGACGGGCGAGGGAGAUGAAACUGUCCCAGAUCGCCGAACACUACGGCGAGACCUACUUUUGUUGGAUAGGCGGCUUCACCGACUCGGACCCCUUUUAUUUCCGCAUCCAGAGUCCCGUGAUCCUGGUCGAGUUUGACCACCACUCCGGGGUGUUUUUGAACAACGAACACCCCGCCAAGUUCCACAUCCACACCUUACUGAGGACCCCCAACGGCGGGGAUUACGGAAUGGCCCUGCGUCCCUUGGUGCCGUCGACCGUGAGUCAGGACUUUGUGUGGGAGGGUUAGCCCAUGAUGAAACUAGAGAUUUUGUGUGUGUGUGUGAAGAAUGAAAUAUGAACAUGAACGCGAACGUGAAAUAUAAAGGUGUGAAAUGGAAUCAUGAAAUUUGUGAAAAUUUGGCCGUCUAUGUAGAAACAAGUCGAAGGAAAUGUCAGCUUCCAACUAUCAAUACAGUACCUACGGAGUAUGACAGAGCCGAUUACCCAACUCGACUUGGGUUGCCAGUUGUGCACAUGGUUUCAAAGCCACAUCAAGG